UGUAAGUACACUUGAUGAAUUGCUAGAGCAAAGCCAUUAUGCUGGAACUGCUUGUAGCACAACACGGUACCAUUUGUACACACACACAUAAGGCUGGCUACCUCAGCCUCUGCCCUUACAAAAUGUCAUCCAAUGGUCUGUAAUCCUCCACACAUUCAUGGUGCUGCUUGGGCUCCCAAAUUGUGUAGGGAUGAUUUUACAGUUUUCUUGAAGAGGAGGAGGACAAUAUAUUACCCUUAGAGGGUACUUGGAGGGUCCUUGCAACUGUGGGGAAAAAACUAACUGUUUACUCAACAUGAUUGUUUGUCCUUUAUCUCAUUAUCGGUGGCAAUAGUUGUCAUUGCGAAGCCACAGCCAUGAACAUUAAACUGAACUCAACAUUGAAGAGAGAUAGCAUGGAUGGAUUGAUUUGGCUGGUGCAAGCAGGACACCACGGUACUUGAAGAAGGCAGGGGCAGCAGCUCGUACUGGUGAAUAAGAUCAAUUAGUUGGUCAUUGUGUUGAUGAGUGAGGUCACUCCAUUCCAAGACUCUACUACACUCCAAGACCCAAGUGUGUCCUGUAACUUCGUGGCUUUGGGUUUUUUAAGUCAAGCUUCAUGGCCUGCUGUCGAACGUCGGCAGAGUGAUCUCUGUCAACACGAUUGCACUUCGAAUUGUCACUGAUAGACCUUAACUUUUAUUCUGAUUUCUUCGUGAUCGUGGUUUGGUGAUCUCCGUGAGGCUGGAUAUUUCAGAAGACGAAAGAAAAGUUCAUCUUGGGAGGCAUUCAUCUCUAUUUCAAAUGCCUGCAAGUGAAGCUGCACUCUCUGAAUAUCGAACGAUAGUGGUAACAGCAGAGCAAUCGUAGAUAAUGAAGAUUUUGUUAGGUGCAAGAUUCAUGUGAAGGAACUGACUCGCUUUUGUCUGAAUUCCGUUGGAAUUGGAAUGAAACAAUGUAAACGAUGUGAGGUUUGAAGCGGAGGUUUUUACCUGGCUAGGACAUCCUUCUACCAUUGUCAUCGUGAGAGAACUGAGUUUCUGCUCGCCGACAUUGGUUUCUGUAAUUCUUUUUUCUGGUUGUAGAAGCUGUGUUUGUGAUCGAUUUGCAAAUGAAGUGGUAAAUGAAUGAUUUUUGUCGAAGAAAUGCUGAGGAUUAGCUAAACACCUUGCACUAUGACCUACGAACUAAGGCUGUUGGGAGAUGACAUUUCCGCAUGGUCGGUUCAAAGUAGUAGGGCAUGAUCCAGCCUCGGCGUUCGGAGGGAUCACAUCUCUGCAACCGUAGAGCCUGGAAAAUUUCCAACCUGAAUGGAUCAGCGGAGAACAUCGGCAGCCCAACCUGCGCUACCGUCGUCACUUCUCCUCAGUGAAGACCUCUACGAUCUUCUGCAAGGAAAUAGGUUCAGUACCACCACCUCGACAACGUCGGCGUCACCAACGACAUCAACGCUCUCAUCUGGUGCAGCUACCACCCUCUCUGACGUCAAAUCUAAUCCUAACUCACUACAAGAUCCUUUGAACCAUUUCAUAUUCGACCAAAUUGCCCCAGCUCCAGGCGCCUUGAAGAUGGAGCCCGAGAUUGGCGACUUCAUGUCCAACUCUUACAAUUGGAUGCCGACUACCCAGCUGUACAACGUCGAUUCCCUGAGCUGCUUGACAAACUACAACACGAACCACUUGCCACAUCAAUUGCCGAGCACAUCACAGUUCUCAUAUUCGCCGCCUCAACCUUCGGUUCAGUCGUCGUCUCAAAUCCAGGCUCUCCGGGAUUUCAUGGUAUAUGGCAACCUCGCCGAUCCGAUCAUGCCAACGCCUCAGUUUUCCUCUGCUGUAAGCUCCCGAGCCACCACUCCUAUUGGUAACUCCUUGCUAUAUCAGCUGGACGAUGUAGGAACAGACUCCUUAAUCGGAAUCAGCCCUGGAGUUCAAUCCAAGCCGCAAGACAUGAAUUUAGCGUACCGCGCGCUCUGCAGUGAGAUUUACGCCACCGAGCGCAGCCCGCACCGCAGUCAAUUUCAGCGGGAAAAUCACAUCCUCGCUGAACGACAACGCCGUGAGGAAAUGAAUGAGAAAUUCUCUGCACUCCGUGCGAUGAUCCCUAAAGCCACCAAGAAAGACAAAGCUUCCAUUGUUGGCGACACGAUUGAUUAUGUCUUGGAGCUCGAGAAGCGGCUGAAGCAUCUUCAGGCAUGCAAGGACACCGCCUCAGGAUCCCCUUUCAUACGGUCACUCAAACGGAAGUCGCCCUCUACAUCCGCAAACACCGCUUCCGUCCACCAAGACUCGCCAACAGAUGCAGUUACUAAGGAUUGCGACGCACCCGAUCAUCGAGGCACUAAUCCUGCCACCACCACCACCUCAUCGCCUUCUUCCACCUCGCCCAGCCGAGAGGGCCAUUCAGCCGUCAAUUCGCCAUCAGACCAGGUCACUCAGGAAUCAAAGCUGCAGCAAGCAGGGAAGAAAGCAGCGGCGGCAGAGGUGGAAGUGCAGAGCCUGGGGAGUCGAGCAGUGAUCAAGAUCGUAGUAGAGAGGAGGCCAGGCCAUGUGUUGAGCGUGCUCAAUGCACUUGAAGAAUGCAAAGUGGAGGUGAUGCAAUCGAAUGUGAUGACGGUAGGGGAGAGCUCCAUCCAUUUCGUCACCGUUCAGCUUGAGGAAGGAGCGAGCGCUUCCACGGAGGAGCUUGUCUCGGCAAUUCUGCAAGCCAUCAACCCUCCCAAAGCAAAGGGUGAUCCGCCUCCCACAUGCUGACAGUUUCAAAACUCCUCCCCACCUUGGCCGUGCCGCGGGACGUCGAUUGCCGCUGGCUACCGCAUACUGUCGCAGAAGUGGGACGAAGAGCGGCAGCAAGGGGUGGUCGGACCUCGUCCCGGGUAUCAAUUAAACGCUCGCGAUUCCUUGCUUCGGAUCCGAACCUAGAAGCCGAAAUUUCGUUUGCUUUGGUAGCGAACGAGACGUUCAUAUCCCUUGAGAUAACUUUUGAACGCCAGAGGAACGAUCCUCCCUGCCCGGAUAUCUCCCACCGGCUGGACCUGAACACGUGUGCCCUAAUAAAGUUGCUCCCUUCUUAUUCUGCUCCGCCACUUAGGGUAACUUUACAAUAAGGCCCAAUUCAUGGCCUUGUUCCGCAGUGGCAAAUUCCUAUCAAUAAAAUUACUUGGAAUCAUUGAAUUUAUCAA